CGACUUAGGAAGUGGACCAGUUGACUUACGCUCCGCUCAGCGCCUGCAGCCCGGCAAGUUUCACCGUGUGGUGGCGAAGCGCUACCUUCAGGACGGCAUCUUAAGUGUAGAGGGGCAGGAAGCUGUCACUGGUAGGAGUGAAGGCAGUCUAAAGUCUUUGGAUCUGGGUGAAAAUUUGUACAUUGGGUACAUUCCCACCAAUAAUAAAGUAAUAUUUAGAAAUGUAGGUGUCAGUAUGGGUCUUGUGGGCUGUAUCCGUCGGCUACAUGUCGGAAGAAGAAAAAUUGACCUUCAAUACCCUGGGUCCAGAGAUGUUUUAAGUGCUGCUCAGAUUCAAAACUGUUCCGACAACCACUGCAUGAGCAUGCCUUGUCAACAUGGUGGCACGUGUAUGGCUGCCAGUGAAGAAGGUUACAAAUGCACCUGUCUUCCAGGCUACGACGGUGACCAGUGUGAAGUUUCUCUCAAUCCUUGCGCAAGCAACCCUUGCGCAGAGGGCGCUACAUGUGCUGUUUUACCCCAAGGAAGUUAUUCUUGUAAAUGUCCUAUAGGGCGGCGUGGAACACGUUGUGAGGAACUUCACAAGGAGUUGAACCAAGUGAUCGUUCCAGAGUUUGAUGGUGAAGCUUUUCUUGUAUUGCCGACUUUACCAAACGUUGGACUGUCAUUUACAAUUGAAGUGUGGUUCUUGGCUAAUGAACCAAAUGGAAUGCUGCUGUAUAACGGCCAGGAGAGACCGUCAGGGGGUGACUUUAUAUCUUUAAAUCUAGUUGAUGGAUUUGUUCAACUUAAGUUUGAUCUUGGAAGUGGAGCUGCCACAGUGUCCGGAAGAGUAAACAUCACUUCACCUUAUCCAGUCGCUUUAGGAGAGUGGCACUCUGUGAAAGUGACCAGACAGCGAAGACGGGGAUCAAUCCAAGUGGAUGGUGGACUGGAAGUGCAAGGAGAAUCAAAAGCACCAUUAAGUGAAUUGAAUGUUGACCAGCCUUUGUAUGUGGGUGGGUUUAGAAAUCUGUCUUCCCUCAAUAAACAUUCUGGCAUCUUUACGAGAUUCAACGGCGCUAUCCAGCGAAUCAUGGUGAAUGGGGAAAUAUGGGAUAAUCUGUUGGAUAAGGCACUAGAUUCAAUUGGAGUGAGUACAUACACUGGAGCACCAUGUACAGAAGGGAUAUGCUUGAAUGGGGGAAUCUGUAUACCCAAGCUAAGCGAAUUCACGUGCCGAUGUCCCAUGAAAUUUAUUGGUCUUCAGUGUGAAAAGAGUAUGGUGAAAGAAGACAAAGAUAGACCAGUAUCUUUUAAUGGAAAAACGUAUUUCAGCUUUCCUAACAAAAUAUCUAGAAGCGAAGGUCUAUCGCUGGAGGCAAUGGAGACAGGAGUUCAAGGUCAACGAAAGAAUAGCUUUCAAGUCAGAUUUCGGACUACAAAAAACCAUGGACUAUUAUUGUGGUUAAAUAAGGGGGCAACAAUAUAUGUUGACUACCUUUCCCUGGCUAUUAUGAACGGCUUUCUGGAAUUUAGUUUCAACCUUGGAAAACAGCGCCAUCUCUUGGUGAUACGAAGUUUAAGUAAAGUAGAUGACGGUCGGUGGCACACAGCCAAUAUCGAAAGACGGGAAAGAUUAGGAACACUUCGUGUAGACGACGGCCCCCUAGUGAGUGCUACCUCAGAACCUGGAGCGACUGAACUGAAUACCGAUGGGGUUCUCUGGCUAGGUGGUUCUCCUGGACUUCCAACCGGACUUCCCGUGCAGUACUAUUCCGGUUUUAAUGGUUGUAUAGAAUCAGUGCUAGUAGAUGGAGACCCACUAUAUAUUAUUAUGCACGGUUCUGGCGCCGUUCAGUUUUGUGACAAAUCAUGAUGGACACUGAGAUCUGGCCUGUAGUUGCUAUAGACUGGAUAGCUGAUUGACCUGCAGGCCGUGUCUUCUUCAAGUGGACUGAAUGGACAGGACUGACCUCUAGUGUUUGCAGUGUGCCAACUUGUAUUUACGACAGUGUGGAUAUGUAUAUAGUCCUCUCUACGUUUUGAAGAAUAUUAAAUAUGAACAUGAGAUAUAUAUAUAUUUAUGUCAGAUGUUUGUCAUAUAUUAAUGGCAAAAACGCUGGCCUAAACCACUGAUGCUGAAGCACUUAAUCCCAGAUAUUCAACUUUAAUUACUCCAUUUGUCUUCAACGUGGUUUCAUUUCCAAGUGCUUCCUAAGAGUCGCAAAACAAAAAUUUGUUCAGGUGACUGUAACAAUAAAAACCAUGAUCGUCAAUUCAGUUAAUAUCUGACUCUCGCUUGUUUUCGAAGUACUUCAAUCAGUUCUUUGUUCCUUAGUAACUUGUUUAAUGUUAUAUGAUACAUGUUCACUACUGACAAAUACGUAUGUACGUGAACAAAGUAACAAUUUAUGAAGUUAAUUGAAGUUUUAAUCAUAUAUGUGGUUGAUUUCACGUAAGCAUUUAAUGAAGUGUUGUUAUGUCGUCUAGGCCUAAAGCGAUAUUGAUAAAACCGUUAUCAAAACCCUUUUCA